GUCUGCGGCCCACGCCAUCGCCUCCACGUCUGCGGCCCACGCCAUCGCCUCCACGUCUGCGGCCCACGCCAUCGCCUCCACGUCUGCGGCCCACGCCAUCGCCUCCACUUCGACAGCCCACGCCAUCCCCUCCACCUCUGCAGACACCGCAGUUGCCUCCACCUCCUCUGCCGUGCCCAAAACCACUGCCUGGCAGAGGAAGGUCCGGGAGGAACAGGAGCGGCGGCGAGCUGCGAUGGGCCUUCCCACGAAGAGCUGGAAGAAAAGGGAACAUUUUAUCUGUAAGCGCUGUGGCCAGCCAAAGACCCGGGAGUACGGCCACAGUCGCUACAGAUCCCAGCAUUUCUGCUCCCGUGCGGAGGGCCGCUCAGUAGAGGACUGGCUGGAGGAGAAAAGGGCAGAGGAGGUGGCACAGAGACAACAGGCCGCCGAAGCUGCCCUGGCUUCUCAGACCCCCUCCGGCCAGCAGGGAGGGCGGUAAAAUGCGUGCAGUUUAAAGACACCCACCCACCCAGCCAACCAACCAACCAACCAACCAACCAACCACAAGCCGCUGGUCCAAACGACCUGGCCGUAGGUGUCAGUGCUCACCGCAGGGGCCCCGUUUCCAACAUGAGACACACUGUCUGGCCAAUCAGAUCGCCAGCCAGCCAGCCAACCACAAGCCGCUGGUCCAAACGACCUGGCCGUAGGUGUCAGUGCUCACCGCAGGGGCCCCGUUUCCAACAUGAGACACACUGUCUGGCCAAUCAGAUCGCCAGCCAGCCAGCCAACCACAAGCCGCUGGUCCAAACGACCUGGCCGUAGGUGUCAGUGCUCACCGCAGGGGCCCCGUUUCCAACAUGAGACACACUGUCUGGCCAAUCAGAUCGCCAGCCAGCCAGCCAACCACAAGCCGCUGGUCCAAACGACCUGGCCGUAGGUGUCAGUGCUCACCGCAGGGGCCCCGUUUCCAACAUGAGACACACUGUCUGGCCUAUCAGAUCGCCAGCCAGCCAGCCAACCACGGGCUGCAGAUCCAAAGAACCUGGGCACAGGUGUCGGUGCUAACCGCAGGGGGCAGUUCCUGAGAGGAAACGCUCUCGCCGAUCAAAGCACAACCCAAGAAGGCUGCGAUUGGCCAGAGGAAGCUGCGUGACCUCUGCGGGCCGGCACAGCUAUAAAAGACAGCAGGUCGACGGAACAAAAAAGUGCAUUCGACAACUUGUGAUCGCGAGCAUGGAAAGGUCACCGUCUUCACCCUCUGCGGCAUCGGAGCCGUCCACCUCUGCCGGCCACGUCUCCGCCGCCGCUGCCGUGCCCAGUUCCACCGCCUGGUACAGAAAAAGGCAAGAUGAAAAGCAGCGGCGGGCAGAGGAGAUGGGCCUUCCAACAAAAACCCGCAAAACACGGCCGCAGUUUAUCUGCAAGCGCUGUGGCCGGCCAAAGACCCGGGAAAACGGCCACAGUCGCUACAGAGCCCAGCAUUUCUGCUCCCGUGCGGAGGGCCGCUCGGUUCAGGAGUGGCUGGAGGAGAAAAGGGCAGAGGAGGUGGCCAAGAGACAACAGGUCAGUGACCCGAUGCCACGCACGGCGCCCGACACGCUCCCCACUGCGCUGAUAAAGACCGAGGCGGACUCGUCGUCCUCAUCCAGCCCUGAGCCCUCGACUUCCUCCAUCCACAACCCCUCGUCUUCAUCCAGCCCUGAGCCCUCGACAUCCGCAAAGACAGGCAAUCCUCCCACUCGCUGCACCGUGUACAGGAGGAGGAUGAGGUCCAAGAAAGACCGGAAGGUCCUGAGCGGGGUCACCGUCAAGCCGGAGCAGCAGCUUGAUAAAUGCGACACCUGCAGCCUAUCCCGCCACCUGGACACGGGCCACGCUUUUUACAGGGGGGAGUUCUUCUGCGCUGGCAAUGAAGGGCCUGGCGGGAAGACUCCACAGGAGUGGCUGGACUCACGGGGCGAUGUGCCCCUCCCGCGCACCACCCUGUGGAGGAUGAAGAAGGCAAUGGAGCGGCCGAAGGAGGAGGAGGGAGAGAGAAAGCCGCGUAAGCAGCAUAAAGUGCGGACCUGCCAGCGCUGCGGGCAUUCUCCGCUCAAAGACUACGGCCACAGCCAGCUGAACCUGCGUCGAGGAAAGGUGUCCUACUGCGCUAUGCAGGACGGCAUAAGCGUGGACCUCUGGCUGGCGCGUCAACGGGCCAGGGAGAAGGAGGAGAAAAAGAAGGAGCAGAGGGAGGGAAGGCUGCGAGGAGAGGGAGAAGGAGAAGGAGAAGGAGCAGCAGCGGGAGGGAGGGAGUUCAAAGAGGAGGACACAGAAUGACAAGGGAGCUGCCCUGUGUGUCUGUGUGUGUGUGUGUGUGUGUGUGUGUGUGUGUGUGUGUGUGUGUGUGUGUGUGUGUGUGUGUGUGUGUGUGUGUGUGUUUUUGGUUUCACAAAUAAAAGUACUUAUUUCUUUACACUCUUGUCAGACU